CAGUAACAACAUACGUCAGUAAAUAUUUAUUUCGUAACGUUUUUGGGCUAGUACUUUUCGCAUAUAUUAAAUAGUUAUCAAUUCGUAUCAGAAGAAAAUCAAAGGAAAACAAAAAAAGUUUCUUAAAAUGGCUUCUUUCAAAUAUAUCAUCGUAUUUUCCUUAGUAAUGAUGAUGUUGGCGUAUACUUAUGCCAAACCUAGUCGUGAAGAGUCGACUACUCGCCCUGGCGAAUCCACUACUAAAGCGCCUGGUGGUAGUGGUGGUCUUGGUGCUUAUGCCGAAUCCACUACUAAAAUGUCUGGUGAUAAUGGUGGUCUUGGCGAAUCCACUACUAAAGCGUCUGGUGGUAGUCGUGGUUUUGAUGCUUAUGCCGAAUCCACUACUAAAGUGUCUGGUGAUAAUGGCGAAUCCACUAGUAAAAUGCCUAGUGCUAGACAUGGCUAAACUACACAGAAUUGAUAAUAAAAUCACAUGGAAAAACGUGAUGCAGGAUCUUCAACAAUGGCGUCAUAUAAUUAAACUAUGGAAUCGUUUAAUAAUAAUAGAUUUCCAAGUCUAAUUAACAAUAAGAGGACGUCAUUUUUUGCUUUUAAUCUAUUCUCUUCUCAAUGCACAUUUAUCAGUAUUAAAAAUAUUUUGCUGCACUAAUAUUUAACUAUAAAAUAUCAAAAUAUGAUAAUUUCUGAUUAAAUCAUGUUUGGUAACUUUACUAUGGUGAUGGGCUUACUGUAAAAAUAAAAGAAAAUAUUGAUGAUAUCAUAACAUUA